AAUAAAUAACUUGUAUACUAAUUUGCGAGUAAGAUCUUUCAUUCGCCGCAAAAUGCCGAAAAAGAAGGGAAAAGGGAACAAGCUGGCUCGCAUGAGCGACGAGGAACGCGCCCGCUACUUGCAGCAUCGAGCCGAAUUGGAGUUAGAGGCCAAGCGGCGGAAGCAGCAAUUGAUCGCGGCUUUUACCAAGAACAAGCUGAAGCGCGAGGAGGCGUUCUCACGAUUGAACACCGCGAAGAUCAACGAACAAUGGCGAUUUAUUCUGCGCCGAAUAAAAUGUAAAGAACUUCACGAAGACGUGGAGUAUCUUUGGAAAAAUUUUGAUCGCAUGAUGAAGACGAAAGACGUCAUAAUACAGCGAUUGUAUGGUGAGCUCGGGACAGCUGAUGCGGAUCACAGAAGACUGCAAGAGGCUCAUAUUCAAAUAAUGGAUCUGAUGAUUGGAAAAUACAGGCAGAAAUGCACGCAUCUGCACGAGUUCUUCGCGCACGAGCGCGAUCACGUCGCUUUAAACGAGGUGAACAAAUUGCAUGAAGUACGAAGGGCUUUGGAGAAACAGUGCGAGCAACUGCAGAACAUGAUCUUCGGACAAGAUAAGGAGAUAGAAGACAGAUUGACGCAGACGAAGAUCCAGAACGCCGCCAACAUAUACAGCGUCGUCUACUUGAAGGAAGAUUCCUUGUCGCGCUUAAUGCAAUACACUUGCCAUGAAAUCGAGGCGUUAUGGCGACAACUUAACGAAACGAUAACCGAGUACGAGAGCAGCACAGAGAACAAGAGGAAGCAGUAUGAAUACUUGAAGGAACAAGACGACGUUCAUCGCGCAGACGUGGCGCAAUAUCCGAGACUUCACGCGCAGUUGCAGAGCACGAUUAAGAACCUGAAGCAGGACACGCACACGUUAUCGGAGAAGAGGGAGCAGAGCAUAGUGGAACUCAAAAAUCAGAUCGCGCAUAUGAGAAAGCAAACUGAAAGCUUGAGACAGGCGUUCGCCGUGACUCGAGGCUUGGAUGUCGCCCAGCUGAAGAAGUUGACUACCAUCAGCACUAACGUUCUAAAAGAACUGCAAAGAAUUUCAGAAAAGGGCUCGGCGCUGCUUUCAUUAUUAAAAAUGUGCUUGAGCUUGGAGCCGUUCUCGCUGACUGUUCAGAAGUAUACGUUACGCGACACGGGAUCUAGAAGAGCCUUCACCAGCUGCAUGUCGGAGCCGUUUGACAAGUUGGAAAAGUUUUGGGAGCAAUUCAAUUACAUCAAGGCCGAUAACAUCUUCAUGAAGAAGGAAUGUGACAAAUUGACUUUCGAGAACAAACAACUGAGAAAUACCUUGCGCACAUAUCUCUUAGCUGUUUCUAGAGCUCAGACUGCGCGUCCACUUACAUCUAUUUCUGUAUAAAUUUUAUUUUUAAGAGAAAUCAACUCGAUAUAUUUUAAAUUAAAAACUAAGUUGU